AUGAAGAGACACUUCUCCUUCGGGAUCCUCCUUCUCUUUUGUGGUGAGAAGAACCUCAGACGGGAAGUACCAGAAGUGUCUGCUCGCUUUUUCUUAGAUAUUGGGGGAAAGGAGUGCGAAUACAAACGAGCGGAUGGUGGAGAGGCGAGAAAUAACCCUUAUGAAUCUGAUUUCAAGUAUGGACCGCCAGGAAGUGCUUGUCCACACGGAAAAACCGAUAGUGGAUUGUGCAAAAGUAGAGUUCAAAGGGAAAAAUCGGAAGUAAAAGAAGAAGACAACGGAUCAAAUCAUUCGUCUCUCCUCAUUGCAUUACUCGUAACUGUAUUUUUCAUGUAA